GCGGGGCUCGUUAAUCUUGAAGCAAAAUGGAAAUGUUUCUGUUACUUCUAGCUGUGUGCUCUGGUUUGGGAACAUCAUUGCUUGACGCACAAAUCGUUGAAGGAAAGAAAAGAAGUGUUACCAUCGAGCGAAUAGAAGAUGGCGUUUUCCAUCACGAUCUUCAUAAACGGUCACCAGAUGAACAGAUGCCGCUUGCUUUACACAUGCGCUUGAAAGAUCGGGAACAGGAAGUGCACCUGCAGUUGCGCAAAGUUCCUAUCAUUGACACCUCGUCACUGACGUCACACGGAACCGUGAAACAUGACGUUUCUUCCAUACAGGACGCGGCGGUGUAUAUUGACAGACGUCUGGGUGCUUCUGUUGUAGUCAGAAAACGAGAAUCAGACCCCAACAACUUCGACUUGGAGGGGAGUCUUCUCCUUGGAGGAAAUGAAGUCUUCCUGGAGCCUUCCAGUCAAGAAAAACGUGAUUCCGAAAAUGAUGCUAACACCCAUGACGUCACUCCGGUUGAGCUCAAUAUCGAUUAUGGAGAUGAUGACGUUGUGGUUCCAGAAAGUGAGUGAAUAAACAUUUCAGUGAAA